AUGUAUUUUUUUUUAGCUAUAUCAUUCAAAAUUGAAUUUUUUGCAUGUGGUUUAACAUCUGUCAAUCGUGAUUUGGUUUUAUUUGGUAUCGAAGAUUUUAGUAUUUCUAAUGGUACAUCUGAACCAUCCUUAACUGUAUUAGUGUCAAAAGGUAAAACAUAUGAAGAAAAAGCUCAUGAUCCAUUUCGUAUGUGUUGUGAUGAAAGAACAUCUCCAUUUCAAUUUCAACUUGAAUAUUUACCGGAUGAACAAUGUUUUUUUAUUCUAAGUCCAUUUGAUAUUGUUAAAGCUGAACGUCGUGAUUAUGAUGAUCAUAUUGAAUAUUUAAUUAAUAAAAAAAAAUUUGAUGAAGCCAUACAAGCUUUUGAAAAACCUCCGAAUAAUAAUGAAAGAUCAAAACGAUAUACAAAACAAAUUGUCUAUCGAGCAUAUGUAAAAUCUUUAAUGGAUGCUAAUGAAACAGAAAAAGCUGUUAAACUAUUUCCUUCUGUUUAUACAACAUCACAAGAAUGGGCUGAACAAAUUCUUAUAUUUAUUCAACGAAAUGAACUUGAUAUCAUAGCACCUAAUAUUCCAAUAAGUACACCUCAACUUGAUCCAACUACUUAUGAAAAAGUACUUCAGACAUAUUUAACACAAAAAAAAUAUGAAAAAUUAAAAGAAUUAUUAAUAAAAUGGCCAUCAGAUAUUUAUAAUUUAACUACGAUGGAUCAAUUAAUUCGUUUACAAAUGGAUGAUGAACGUACUGCAAAAGCAUUACUUGAGUGUUCAGCAAUUAUAGCCGAAAAACAAGGAAAUGUAUCAAAAACGUUAGAUAUUUAUUUAAAAAUGGGCAAUAUUCAAAUAUUUCAAUUGAUUACACGAAAAAACCUUUAUGAAGAAAUCCUUCCACAUAUUGAAACACUUAUGUCAAUUGACAAGAACGUUCGUUGA